GGGGGGAGAGACCGAGCGUGUGUGAGGGAGAGGGAGGUCGCCUGUCUCUUUAAGAGCACACUUAUCAAAGCUUUUCGUAUGUAAAGAAAAACGAGAAAAAAAAUCGUGUCGCCGAGGAUCGGCCGUUCUAGGGGGAAUGGAUCUAUGAAACUUGCCACGGGCCUGGGAAUAUAAAACCCCCUUGAAAACGGAUGGAUUGGAUCACGGCGGGGGGGAUUGCAUGUACAAGUAAAUAAAUAAAUAGAGAUGAUCCAGGACCACCGCGGUUAAAGACGCCACGCACCGGGGAGACCCUCCUUCCCCCUUGCUUGCCUUCAUGGUUAUUUGUUCUUCAUGAAAAAUCUCACAGAGUGGAACUUGACUAGCCGCCGGAGAUGAAACUUAACCAGCCACAGUAGGUGCUGCCCACGGGUCACUCCUAAACCUUCUUCGACACGCGUCGCCGGGACGACCACGGUAAUCUGGGAUACUUCUCGUUUUUGUCGUUUUUCUGCGCGUCGGACCAUGGAUCGGCUGGGCUGGCCGGCCGAAGACAAGGUGCGCCGCCGUGGCUCGUACGCGUCGCCCGUGGCGCGCGGCUGUUGAUGUUGUGUUGCGGCGCUGCAACAAAGUUGCAAAGGGAGCGAAAUACAGAGAAAAUGCGCAAAACAGCGCCGCUCGGCCGCUCUGCACCUGUUCGCUCGAACGGAGCGCCUCCGUCCUAGUGGGGAGUGCUGGAGUGGAGAGCGGGGGCUCCCGGGCUGGACGGGCUCGCUCUUGGUGCAUGUGUGUGGAAUAUAUCUGCACGGCGCGUCUGAAGGUCGUUGCGAAUACAUGGACACCCUCGUGUAGGCUGACGUGUCCGAUCCAAGUGUGCUUUAUUGUUAUUAUUAUUGUUUAAAUUAAAAGGCAGAAAUCGGGGCUGCGGUCGCGCUUCGCUCGUGACAUGGACGGCAAGCCGAAGCCGAGCCGGAGGUCCCGCUCCCGCAGGGACAGGGUGCGGAGGCGCGAGGCUACCGGCCGGGACGCGCGCGCCCUGAGCGCCUGCUCGUCCUGCUCGGACCCGGAGCGCAGCCCCUGCGCCGGGGAUCGCGCCGCACAGCGCGGCACGCGGGCCCCGGACGCGACCCCCUGCGCCCGAGCGCCGCGACCCCCGCGCAGGAAAAGACGGGAGUCGGGCUCCCAGGAAGAGGAUAUCAUAGAUGGAUUUGCCAUCUCCAGCUUCGUCAGCCUGGACUGUCUGGAGAAGAAGAAGGGCACUUUGAAGACACAGGAGAAGAAGGAGGCGUGGGAGAAGCAGGUGGUGAAGAGAAGGAGAGAGGUGGAGAACAGCGUGCCCGCAGGGACUCCGGAAAAUGGUUUUGGCACCCAUGGGACCGGCCAGGAGCAGGAGCAGGACCGCGGGAAGGAGCGGCUGAAGAAGAGGACGUACUCCAAGAAGAAUAAGCAGACCAAGGGGCUUGGGGAAAAUCCAGGGAGAAACAGCAACAAUGAGGCCCUGCAGGAGCACAACAGACCUCAGAGGAGCAACUCCAAGGAGCCCCUGAGUGAGAGCUCUGCUCACUCUUUGUCAGGACGUGGCUAUUCGUGUGACAGCGAGAGCGACAUCGAUGACAAGGCUUCUGAUGUGGGAUCAGAGAAGCUCUUCUCGCCAGCAGCUAGGAAAGGUGUGACAGCGGAUGAGAAUCGCGAGUCCAGGACCUGCAGCUCCGCCAAAGUCUCCGGACUCCAGCGUAGCCAGGAGCAGAGCAGCGAGGCACCUUUUGCUCCGGCCCUCCCCAGCCCCGCCCCUGCAUCCCCACCCCCUGGCUCUCUGGCCCCGACUGCCGCGCCUGCUGCUCCUGCCAAAGUCCGGGUCAGCUCUCCAGUGGCCCUACCUGUCAAGAAGGAGACCUCAAAUCCGGGUCCCACCCCUCCGGCGCUGAGAGUCCAGUUGCAGUCUCUGUCCGAGCUCCGGGCCCCGCCCCCACAGCACCACACCCCACCCAUAAUCAAUCACCAAGUUCAUUACACCCUCCAGUACAACAGCCAUCACAGCAUCAGUAGUCGCAACAGCAGCAGCAGCAACAGCGGCUCCGGCGUGAGUCUUCCCAAACACCACCUGCCCCCGCCCCCUCACAUCAGCGGCCUUCCACCGUCGGCCCCUGCCCUGCCCCUAUCCAUCGCAGACUUCUCUGCCUCGCACUACUCCCUGCGAGCUCCAGCACAUCGCCAUCCGGCCAUGUUCGCCAGCCCCACAACACUGCCGCCGCCGCCAACCUUACCCACGAACGGCCUUGUGGUCCCAGGGCACCCCACUGGAGCUGGCUACCCAGAGCAUGACCUCCUCCGGCAGGAGCUGAACAACCGCUUCCUGGUUCAAAGUUCAGAGCGGGGCCGGGGGCCCUCCGCGUCCCCGCUGGCCCCCGUGUCGCUCCUGAGGGCCGAGUUUCACCAACACCAGCACAUGCACCAGCACCAACACACCCACCAGCACACCUUCACGCCAUACCCCGCGAGCCUGCCCCCCGCGGCCGUCAUUGCGCCGCCCACUGCACCCCCCAUGGUGCGUACCCCAGCCAGAAAUUUCGACAAGUACGGUCCAAAACUGGACAACCCCUUCCUAAGACAUUCGAGCUUCUUUCCUUCCUACCCCCCCACGAUGGCCGGCAUGCCUCCCUUGCUGCCACAUUCGGGUCCCUUCAGCUCUCUGCAAGGAGCCUUCCAGCCCAAGGCCUCAAACCCCAUUGAUGUAGCCGCACGCCCAGGGGCCAUGCCUCACACACUCCUACAGAAGGACCCGCGGGUAACAGAUCCCUUUCGAACAUCAGUGAGAAAACCCGGCAAAUGGUGUGCAGUUCAUGUGCAGAUCGCCUGGCAGAUCUACCAUCACCAGCAGAAAAUGAAGCAAAUGCAGUUGGACCCUCACAAGCUGGACAUGAACGGGAAACUGGACCUGUUCAGCCGUCCUCCGGCUCCGGGGCUCUUCCCUGGAUUCCCCUACCCCCAUGACUUGGCACGGCCCCUCUUCUCUUCCACAGGAUCGGGCCAUUCAGCAGCCUCUCCGUACGGUCCUUCCCCUCAUCACAGCGGUUUCCUGCCUACCAGCCACCUGGCAGGUAAGCAUCCAUUCAGUCGCUCCGGUGCCUUUGGCGGCCUCGGCAACCUGUCAGCCAGUGCCUUCGGAGGAUUAGGCAACCCUGCGCUCGGCAGCAACAGUGUAUUUGGGAACAAGGAAGGACCCGGCCUGCCUGGGUUUAGCAGCCCCCACCACGAUGCCUGGAACCGCCUGCAUCGCACCCCACCCUCCUUCCCCACGCCGCCCGCUUGGCCCAAAGUGGCAGACACAGAACGCGGUAGCUCUGUCUCCAGCCACGACAGGGAGCGUGAGAGGGACAGGGACAGAGAACGGGAGAAAAGGGAUUCAUCCAUAGGGAAGGAGGAAAGGGACAAAGACAGAGAGUCCCUUGACCGGAACCGCCACUCCAACCGCUCAUCCCCUGCCUCUGCCCAGGUGGGCUACCAGAUCAGUAGCCUCAUCCGGAGCAGCAGCCAGAACUCUAGUGACUCCGGUAGGCAUCACAGCGUCGGAGCGGAGCGCCCCCGCGAGGCCGACAAGGAGGCGCUGGAGCGCCAAAGAGAGGCAGCCGCGAUAACCGACAUCAAAGUGAAGGAGAGCCGCUCCCCUGGGAAGGAGGUGUCCGAGCGAAGAGCCCCAGAGGACACACUCAAACCGGUGCAUCGGUCGCCCUCGCCGUACCAAAAGGCAGUCUCCACCGAGCAGGUCAUGAAGCUGGGCGGGGCGCCACUCAGGGAUGGGGACAGGAAGGAACAGCCCUCCAGUGAGCCUGUGUUGCACAAGAUGAAGAACGACAUGAAGAUCAAGGAAGAGCGCAAAGAGGACCAGGAGGUGGUGGUAGUGGGUUCAGAGCCUGCCUCGCAGCCCUCGGUUGCUCCUCCUCCUCCACCGAUGCACCCCCACCCCCAAGCCCACCCUGCACUCCCACCGCAACCACCGCAACCAUCCCCCCGCUGCAGUGACCUGCCCAGUGCCGGAGGACUGCACGGUGUGCCUCUGGCUCACUCCUUACCGCUGUCCAUGAGCGCCGUUCACCAGAUGGGCGGCCUCAAUGUGCUGGACCGUGCCCGCGUGGCCCCCUUCAUGGGUGUGAGCCCCCUGGCGGCGGCGGCUGCAGCAGGUCGCGAGCGCCUGCCCCACCCAGCCUUUCCUUGGGACCCACUCCGAGAGGCCUACCGCAGCCUGGACCUGCAGCGCCGCAUGGACCUGGGCCCCCGCUUUCCGACCGCCUACGAGCCGGAGCGGGUCUACCGCGACCGCGAGCCACACGACUAUGCCCACCACGAGCACUUGCUGGAGGUGCGCCGCGAGCAGGAACGCCUCCGGCAGGCAGAGGAGCGUGAGCGGCUGCACCUGCGCGACGAGCUGGACCGCGCCCGGCUGCACCAACUGCACCAGUCGCCCAUGGAAGGCCACCUGCCUCACAUGCCCCCAUUCAUGCCCCACCUGGGUGCCAUGCCCUAUCCUCGGCUCAGCCCCUCCACCGGGCACAAUGGACUCCUGAACAGGACGCCGCCUACAGCGGCGCUCAGCGCCCCUCCCCCACUGGUCCCCGCAGGCAGCGGCAGGCCCGCCUCCCCCAGAAGGACUACCCCCCUCACGACCCAGGACCCUCGGGACUACUCCCCAUCGCGCAAUCCCAAAGAGGUGGAGGCACGGUAGUUCUUCAGUGGAGACCACACAAACUGUCCCUUCGAACUCUUUGAAAGACAAAUGCACUGCUUUUCUAAAGAGGGACGCAAGCAAAGAACGAUACAGCUGUACAAAAGAGACGCUCGUGAGGCUGAGAAGCACACACCUUGCUAUUAUGGAUGGGGACAGUGGAUGGACGACGUCGCGAAACGGGACACGUGAAGAAAUCCAGAUGUUCUUUGCGACGUUAAAUUUGAUAUUAAUAUAUUAAUCAAAUACCUUUUUCCACUUUUCACACGCAAAGUGAGAUUGUGAUGUGAGUUUGUAAAUUUCCAAUCUUCUUUCCAUGUAUAGAAGUUUUUAUUUUGCUGCGGUAUCCACUCGUGAAUUUUAUUUUAUUUUUUGAGAUUAUUCAUUAUUUAUCCCAGGCCACUGUGAGCAGUGUGACGCCCACAGUCUUAAGUGGAUUUGUUUAAUUUUGCAUUUUGACAGCUGUUUUUAACCAUAUUUGGUACCUGGAAAUACUCAGAAAUUACAGUGUACAAAGUUUUUGGUUUUGCCUUAUUAAGAUAUGCAGACUAACAUGUAUGAAAAUGUCUCCUGUUUGAUUUCUGUAAAGAAAAUAAAUGUAAAUACCUUGUUGAUAUUCCUUGGGCAAAUAUACAAUGUAAAUUUAUUAGGCUUUUUAAAUGUUUCUAGAAAAAAAAAAAUAAAAACUGAAAUGGAACCACUUAACCAUUUUAAAAAAAAAAAAAAGAAAAUGAAACCAUGGUAACGGACAGCAGGCUCAGCGGUAGAGGGGGCUCGGGGUGGUUCCCUUUGGGGACGUAAGCUGCCAUCUAUGCAAGGGUGCCGAGAGACCCCGAUGGUGGAGCAUCUGAAACGGCCUUCGGAGGUGGUGAGCGGAGGGAACCUGGAUUUACAACAGCUAUUUUUCUCCCCCACUUACAUAAGAAGUUCAUUUUAACAAAAAAAAGACUUCUGAACAAAAGGUAAACUUGUACGAGAAGCAAACGGCCUUGUAGCCCCGGAGGAGCGGAUGGAAGAGGAACACGCGGCAAUAGACUUUCUCUGUCAACCUUGUGGUGUUGUGCCGUGUUUAGACUCUUGUAUACAAAACGAGUAGCAUUUUAGGCGUGCAAAAAAAAUGAAUACGAUAAAUUCAUG